AUGAGACAUCUCCGUGUUUGUACCUGUUUUUACCGCUCAAACAUCUUUAUUUUAUUAUUUUUCUAGCCUUAGAAGGACGUCUGUUUUGACGCGCUCUCCGGGUGAGAAAUCGUGUCUCCGCGUUAAAACCCGUCGAGAAGAAUAACACAGGGAGUCAUCGCAGCCAGGAUAUCAACAGUCUGUAAGUCAGCUUCGCUGUUUUUCUUUUUUUUUUUUUUGAUUUCUUGCUUCCGUGGUCCUUUGCGUUCAGACCACAGCCACAGCGAUGCCAGAGACAACGCAAGAGACGUGCGCUUCGGCCAAGGACUCUCCUUUCUUCAUUAAGAACCUGCUGAACUGUGAUAGCAAACCGUCCAAACCUAAACCAAUGCUGGCUGCCACUAAGAUGGCCUUAGAGGGAGGACUUUCCCUUUCCCAGGUCGGGGAAUUCAACUUUCCACGCUUUGACCUGCCCGCACAGAGGUUCAGUCUACCGGCCCACUACUUGGAGCGCACCUCGGCGUGGUGGUACCCCUACGCCCUCAGCUCAUCCGCCCACCUACACAGAACUGAAGUCACCGAGAAACAAGGAGCCAGAGACUCCUCUCCAACCUCGGGCACGGACAGAGACUCGCCGGACCUGGUACUCAAAUCCGAGCCGGACGCCAAAGACGACGACGAGGACGAUGAGCACAACAACAACAAAAGCGGCGACGAGAUAAUCCUGGAGGAGAGCGACACGGAAGAAACCAAAAAAGACGAGCUGGGGGAGUGGAAGAAGAUGGACGAUGACAAGAAGCCGUGUCGCAAGAAGAAGACGCGCACGGUUUUCUCCCGGAGCCAGGUGUUCCAGCUGGAGUCCACCUUCGACAUGAAACGGUACCUGAGCAGCUCGGAACGGGCCGGCCUGGCCGCGUCCCUGCACCUGACGGAGACUCAGGUGAAGAUCUGGUUUCAGAACAGGAGGAACAAGUGGAAAAGGCAGCUGGCCGCGGAGCUGGAGGCCGCCAACCUCAGCCACGCCGCAGCGCAGAGGAUAGUCCGGGUGCCCAUCCUUUACCACGAAAGCUCGGCCUCAGAGAGCGGGGGCACCGCUGCCAACGUGCCCGUGAGCCAGCCACUGAUCACCUUCCCUCACCCCGGCGUCUACUACUCCCACCCCAUCGUCACAUCCGUGCCGCUGCUCAGACCCGUUUGA